AUGGAGCUUGAGCCAAACACAUCUCUCAACCUCAAACUAUCCAACCGAGAACUCAACCUGGACCUUGCCCUAGAGCACUCAUCAUUAUCUUCUUCCUCACCUCUAAGCCCCACUGAGCCACGUGUCUUCUCCUGCAACUUCUGCCAAAGAAAGUUCUACAGCUCCCAAGCUUUAGGUGGCCAUCAGAACGCUCACAAGCUUGAACGCAGCUUGGCAAAGAGAAGCCGCGAGAUGAGUUCAGCCUUCCAUCCUCAUGCUGCCUUCAACCACUGUGGAAGACCCGAUAUUUCCGGCGGUUCCAACCAUCGACGGUUGCCACCGAUAAUUAGUUACAGGCAUCAACAGCACGUGGUGAGAUUCGGGGGAGAGAUGGAUUACAGACCAGAGAAUAUUCAGCAAGAGGAGUUCAACCAGCUAGACCUGUCUCUCAGGCUUUGA